AUGCUGUCAAGAAUAGCUACACCAUGUAAAAGACCAUUCACCACAUCUCUCGCCUUCCGACAAGGUCCCAAGAUUUCCACAGCAGAGGAGACAUCACCAGCUGUCAAUCCUCUCGCUCGAUCUGAUCCUCUCGUCAACGAUCCCGAUGCCGAAGCUCGAAAUGAAGCUUUGAGCGAAGCUCGAUCGAACCCUCUUAUCGGCAGUGUCCCUCCUGCCCCUCCUCGCGAUGCACCAGAGACAACCGCACCGAGGACCAACGAGCACGUCUACGAUGCUACCAAACCAUUUAGUCUGGAUAUUGCCUCGAUUAUCGCCAAUAAGGCUACCGCUUUUGGAGCGGAACAAGCUUCAGACCCUGUGCAGCGGCCCAACAUCCGGGCCAAGCCUGUUUCUGGUCGUACAGUUUUCGUCAAGGAUCAAAUUACCAAGAACAGCGGUCCUACUCCCAUGGUCGCUUUGAAAAUUCUCAACAGAAUUGUUCGAGAGGAUCAAGUCAAGAACAAAUUCUUUAGCCAAAAGUUUCACGAGCGAAAGGGUUUGAAGAGAAAGAGGUUGGCUAGUCAGAGAUGGCGAUCACGAUUCAAGCAUGGUUUCAAGGCGACGGUCAGCAGAGUUAUUGAGCUUAAGAAGCAGGGGUGGUAG